AUGGUUAUCCAGCAACCCUCCGGUCAGAUCAAGCUUACGAAUGUAUCCAUAGUCCGCCUCAAGAAAGGCGGCAAACGCUUUGAGAUUGCAUGCUACAAGAAUAAAGUUCAGGAGUGGAGGAAUGGCGUGGAGAAGGACCUUGACGAAGUCCUACAAAUCAGCAAUGUCUUCAUGAACGUAUCGAAGGGCGAAGUGGCGAAGGCAGGCGACUUGAAGAAGGCCUUCGGGACUCAAGAUCGGGACGAGGUUACGAAGGAGAUCUUGAAGUCAGGAGAACUGCAAGUAGGCGAGAAGGAGCGCGAGCAUGAUCUCACAUCUAUCCGCAAAGAGAUCGCCACCCUUGUCGCAGAGAAAUGUGUGGACCCCGCGACGCAGACGCCUUACUCUGUCAGCAUUAUCGAGAAGGCGAUGACUGAGGCCGGAUUUAGUGUGCGCCCGGGUAAGAACGCGAAGAGUCAAGUUUCUGAGUGCAUCAAGCUUUUGCAGUCGGACAGCACCCUACCUAUACAACGGGCUCGUAUGCGCAUUCGGGUUAACCUGCCUACAUCUCACGUAGAGAAGCUAAAGUCACGGCUAUUGGAGGCCGCUGAGAGCUUAGAGCACGAGGAGACAGCGGAUGAAUGGUCUGGGGUGCUGCUUAUCGAUCCCAGCCAGUUCCGCGUUAUAAGCGACCUAUUGAACAAGGAGGCGAAGGGCAAAGGUCGCGUGGAAACCCUCACGUUUGCCGCUACAGCAACCACGGGGAACUAG